UAACUGCAAAAAUCAUCGUACUUUCUUCUGGGAUCCUAAUCAUUUCCAACCUACUAUAUGGAAGUGAAGGAGGUAAAGAAGUAUGCCGCUGAUAUCUCAUCCAUAAAAGAAGCGCAUAAGCGCAUCAAUUCAUACAUACACAAAACUCCAGUUCUGUCCUCGGAGUCUCUAAAUGCUAUAUCUGGAAGGAGUCUGUUCUUUAAAUGUGAAUGUUUCCAGAAGGGUGGAGCCUUCAAAUUUAGAGGUGCCUGCAAUGCAGUACUCUCGCUUGAUGAUGAUCAAGCUGCUAAAGGGGUUGUAACACAUAGCAGUGGUAAUCAUGCUGCAGCCUUGUCUUUGGCUGCGAGAUUGCGGGGGAUUCCAGCCUAUAUAGUUGUACCAAAAAAUGCUCCGAAAUGCAAAGUUGAGAAUGUUAUGCGAUAUGGUGGUCAGGUUAUAUGGAGUGAAGUCACAAUGCAGUCAAGGGAGAGUGUUGCAUCCAAGGUGUUGCAAGAAACUGGUGCAGUUCUUCUACAUCCGUAUAAUGAUGGUCGCAUAAUAAGUGGGCAAGGUACCAUAUCAUUGGAGCUUCUGGAGCAAGUCCCCCAACUCGACUGUAUAAUAGUUCCUAUAAGUGGAGGUGGCUUAAUAUCAGGGGUGGCAUUGGCUGCCAAGUCCAUCAACCCUGCUAUUCGAAUUUUGGCUGCUGAGCCAAUGGGUGCUAAUGAUGCAGCUCAAUCUAAAGCAGCUGGUAGGAUUAUAACAUUGCCUGAAACCAACACGGUUGCUGAUGGGCUCCGAGCUUUUCUUGGAGAUCUUACCUGGCCAGUAGUAAGAGAUUUUGUUGACGAUGUUAUUACUGUGGAAGACAAGCAGAUAAUCGAAGCCAUGAGACUAUGUUAUGAGAUUCUGAAGGUUGCCAUAGAACCUAGUGGAGCCAUAGGUCUUGCCGCUGUUUUAUCGAACAGUUUCAGAAAUAAUCCCACUUGGCAAGAUUGCAAAAAUGUAGGAAUUAUACUUUCAGGAGGUAAUGUUGAUCUAGGUGUGCUUUGGGAUUCAUUCAGAAAGUGAAAGUUAAACGCCGAGUACAUAGAAGAUAUCCUCCUUUGGCAAUCAAACUUAAAUCUUUCCAUGAUGAAACUAAAUUGUUGUGGACAAGACAACUAUUUUUAAACAGAAACAAGUUUGUAAGGUUGUAUGCUAGCUGUCAAUGUCCAGGAAGGAAAUCUGAUCUGCCAUAGGCAUCAGAAAUGUCAUGUCAAAUGCUACCUUUGUGAAACAAAAAUUUCAUUCAGGAACUACUCUGAUCCUACAUUAUGAAGCUCCCACUCUUUAA